AUGGCGCCCUGGCUUCUGAGCGCUUUGCUUCUGGUCAGUGAGCAACUCCUCGCUGCCUCCAUCCGAGCAGAGCUUCACGUCCACUUAGAUGGUUCCAUGAACUUUGAGACGCUACUGGCGAUCUGCAAGAACAGAGGGGUCGAGCUACCUGGUAUCGGUAUUCCAAAGAGCACCCAGGACAUACAGGCAUUCAUGGGGACUUUCAGUGGCUGGCACCGGUUUGAUGCUGUGAACAACAUCAUCGGUGGCAGCGUCUCUUCCAUCCAGGCGGCUGCAGAGGCUUUCGUGAAGUUUCAAGCGGAGUCUGGUGUUUUCUACACUGAGGUUCGCUAUGACCCUGUGCGUCUUGCUAGGAGCGAUCUUGACAACUCUUCCAUAACAGAGGAGCAGGCAGUCAAAGCUGUGCAGGACGGCUUAGCUGCUGGCUCAGUCAGACAUGGGGUAGUCGUGUAUCAACUUCUUUGUGCGAUGAGAGGGGCAAGCUCGCAUCGAUGCUUUCAAACUGCAGAGCUUGCAGCCAAACUCGCAGACAAGGCGAUGGGAGGUGUUGUUGGAUUAGACCUGGCAGGCGACGAGACCGAUUUCCCUAAUCGGGCCUACAUAGAUUGCUUCAAGCAUGCGAAAGCCCUAGGACUCAAUACGACCGUGCAUGCUGGUGAGUUCAACAAGACCAUGGGUGAUGACGUGCGCACAGCUAUCUUUGAAAUGGGUGCCGACCGCAUCGGUCAUGGUUAUGCAGCAGCAUUUGACGAACAGAUUCUUCAGGCAUUGAAGUUGCGCAAGGUGCAUGUCGAAGCUUGUCCCAAAAGCGCGCUGCUGCAUGGGGCCUGGGCACUAAAUGCCAUCCGCAGCUUCCGACAGCAUGGCCUGAACUUCGGCUUGAACACCGAUGAUCCAGCAAGCUCGUUUUCGAAUACCAGUGCUGCACAAGAUGAAAGCAUUGUAACAGGAAAGCUUGAUUUCUCGCCCGAAGAUGUGCGUUCAGCUUACAUCAAUGCCUACGACGCUCGAUUUGGUGAUCUGAGGGAGUCAGUCUUUGUGUAUGCAUAA